AUGCUGGCGAAGCAGACGGGCUCUCUCGUCCCGCUGAUCCUGGGCAUGUACAUCUCCGCCAGCCUGGCGCGCUGGUGGAACCUGCGGGAGAAGUCGAUCGGCUCGAUCUUCUCCUGCCUCACCGACGUGUCCAUGCUGAUGGUCGCCCAGCGGCCAGAGCCCGAGUGGAGGCCGCUGCACAUGCAGCUUUCAAAGUUUGGUCUGGCCUCGAUCCAGCUCAUCCUCAAGGCCGCAAGGAACCACAAUGACUUCAGCGACCUCCUGAGCAACGAGCUGUUGACGAAGGACGAGGUCGAAUACCUGGAGCAGCUGGGAGCUUCCCAACGUCCCGUAGCGGUGUGGUCAUGGAUAUUGCGCGUGUGCCAGUUCGGCUUUGUCGGCCUUCCACCCCCGAAUUUUACCCCGAUACAGAUGCUCUGCACCGAAGCGAAGAGCUCCAUUGAUAAUAUCUACACCCACCUGCGAACACAGCUGCCUUUCGCCUAUACGCACCUGGUCGCCUGCCUGUGCCACGCUCAGAACGUCUUCGCGGCCAUCCACGCGGGCCUGAAGAUCGGCCUGGACGUCGGCAGCAUGGAAGUGUGGCUCCGGGAGACCUGCAUGGCCGUGAUCGUCUGCCCAUCUACCAGGGCCUGCUCGCCCUCACGUAUGUGA